AUGGGUCUACGUGGAAAAUACCUACACUGGGCUGUGACGGCUGCAAGCUGUCAAGCCUUUCUGCUCCUGGGUUAUGACCAAGGAGUGAUGAGCGGCCUCAUUGGCGCGAACAACCAGUUUGGACAAACCUUCAAUAACCCCGACAGCACCAUGCAAGGCCUUCUCACGUCGAUAUACGAUAUUGGUUGUGCAGUUGGCUGUCUUCUCAGUCUCGUCAUUGGUCACAGAUAUGGCCGUCGCAAGAUGAUCAUCGCGGGUGGUUCAAUCAUGAUUAUAGGAACGAUCAUUCUUGGUAGUUCAUACAACGUUCCCCAAUUCCUUGUGGGUCGAAUAGUAACCGGUCUGGGCAACGGAAUGAACAGCAGUACCGUUCCAGCCUAUCAGUCUGAGCUCGCCCGUCCAGAGCAGCGCGGAAUGCUUCUCUCUGCACAAGGCACCGUAACAAUCCUCGGUCUUUGCAUCGCAUACUGGCUGGACUAUGGUCUGAGCUUCGUGGACACUCCUGUUCAGUGGCGCUUCCCAAUCAGUUUCCAGGCCUUUUUUGCCAUCUGUUUGGUUUUGCAAAUGAUUCCUCUGCCCGAUUCACCUCGCUGGCUCUGCGAACAGGAUCGCAGUGACGAGGCUGCUUCGGUUCUAGCACGUCUUCAAUUGGAUCAGCCGGCUGAUGCAUCUCACCCUGAGGUUAUUUAUCUACGUCAUCAAAUCGAAUCCUCUAUCGAGAUCGAGUCUGCUGGUGGACCGUUCAAGUACAAGGAGCUCUGGUCUGGUGGUCGGAUGGGCAACCUUCGUCGCAUGAUUUUGGCUGCUGUGGUUAAUAUUCAGCAGCAGUUCACGGGUUCUAAUAUGAUCAACUACUAUGCUCCCGUUGUCUAUCAGAACGCCAUGAAUCUAUCUCGCAAUCUUUCCCUUGUCCUUGGCGGCUGCACCUCUCUCGCCUAUCUUGUCGGAUCCGUCAUUCCCUUGUGGAGUAUGGACAAAUUUGGUCGAAGAGCAUCACUGAUGUUCUCUGCCGCCGGUCUAUGUUUCUGUUUCGUUAUGACUGCCAUCCUUCUGUCUAUCGGCACUGAGCCAUGUGCAUAUGCGGCUACCGUAUUUGUGUUUAUAUUCCAGCUCUUCCUUGGCGUUGGUUAUCUGCCAGUUCCCUGGUUUUAUCCCUCUGAAAUCUCAACUACUCGUAUCCGCGCAAGAGCUCAGGCAUUUGGAGGAUUUGUCAAUUGGAUGUGUGUUUUUAUUGUGGUACAAAUUACGCCAACUGCAAUCGACAAUAUUGGUUGGAAAACAUUCAUCAUCUUUGCCUGCUUCUGCUUCGCCUGGAUUCCUAUGGUCUACUUCUUCUUCCCCGAGACCAAGGGUUUGGAGCUAGAGGAUGUGGAUUACCUCUUUGAGAGAGGUGGUAUUACUGGAGGCGUUUGGGAAACUAAAGGAUUCCCCGUCCGUCCUGGGCAUCACCGAACAUUGGCCGUGGAUAGGGCUGAUAAACCAAAGAUGGACGCUGAGCACGUCGAGGUAUAG